AUGACUAAACCUAGAUACUUAACCGAUUCGGAAAGAGCGAAAGUAUUAGAAUUUCAAGAUAUGAUCCAUUACAGUCCAAGAUAUAAUGAUGAUGUCAAUGAAUAUAGGCAUGUAAUGCUACCUAAAAAUAUGUUAAAAUGUAUUCCCCAAGAUUAUUUUAAUUCAGAUACUGGGACAUUACGAAUUUUAUUAGAAGAGGAAUGGAGAGGGUUAGGUAUUACUCAAAGUUUAGGUUGGGUACAUUAUGAAACACAUGCUCCUGAACCUCAUAUCUUGUUAUUCAAAAGACCUAUCAACUAUGGACAAUAG